CUUAUUCCCUCCAUCUUCUGCCUCUUACAGUCAUUCAUCCUGUCAUCAUUUAAUUAUGUAGAACACACACACACACACACACACACGUCUCCUUAGGCUGUUGCUGCUGCUGCUCCUGUAGAGGAGGAGGAGGAGGUGCUCGUUUUCUUUUCGUCUCCCACCACAGCUCCACUGGCAGUUCAGCACCAGGCACCGGCUCGGCCACUGCAUGUGAUUCUCCUGCUCCAGCUGCUUCUUCUCCAUCGACCCACACACACAGAGAGAUCAGGACAAAACUAAGAGGCCAGCCGCCUGUUGAGGAAUCGAUUUCACUCUUUGCUGUAGCUGCUGAAGCUGAGUGGAGGUUGUUAUGCCCUGGACCAGACCUCAGGUCGACCUGCAUGCGGGUGGAGCAGAGGCCAUGGACCAACACAACAUAGACGACCACCACUACGAGGGCUCCCUGUUCCCCACCUCCACCCUCAUCCCCGUCACCGUCAUCUGCAUCAUCAUCUUCAUCGUCGGGGUAACGGGCAACACCAUGACCAUCCUCAUCAUCCAGCACUUCAAGGACAUGAAGACCACCACCAACCUGUACCUGUCAAGCAUGGCGGUGUCUGACCUCAUCAUCUUCCUCUGCCUGCCCUUUGACCUCUACCGCCUGUGGAAGUACGUGCCCUGGCUGUUCGGCGAGGCCGUGUGCCGCUUCUACCACUACAUCUUCGAGGGCUGCACCUCGGCCACCAUCCUCCACAUCACCGCGCUGAGCAUCGAGCGCUACCUGGCCAUCAGCUUCCCGCUCAAGAACAAGGUGGUGGUGACCAGACGCCGGGUGCAGUACAUCAUCCUCGCCCUGUGGGGGUUCGCGCUGGUCUCCGCCGCGCCCACACUCUUCCUGGUCGGCGUGGAGUAUGACAACGACACACACCCGGACUUCAACACGGGUCAGUGCAAGUACACCAGCUCCGCCAUCAGCUCCGGGCAGCUGAACAUCAUGCUCUGGGUUUCCACCACCUACUUCUUCUGCCCCAUGCUCUGCCUCAUCUUCCUCUACGGCUCCAUCGGGUGCAAGCUGUGGAAGAGCAAGAACGACCUGCAGGGCCCCUGUGCGCUGGCCCGGGAGAGGUCACACAGGCAAACAGUCAAGAUACUGGUGGUGGUGGUGCUGGCCUUCAUCAUCUGUUGGCUCCCGUACCACAUCGGCAGGAACCUCUUCGCCCAGGUGGACGACUACGAAAUGGCCAUGCUGAGCCAGAACUUCAACAUGGCCUCCAUGGUGCUCUGCUACCUCAGCGCCUCCAUCAACCCUGUCGUCUACAACCUCAUGUCCAGGAAGUACAGGGCCGCGGCCAAGCGCCUCUUCCUGCUGCACCAGCGGCCCAGACAAGUCCACCGCAGCGGCCAGAGACAGCUGAGUGUGAGCGACCACAUCUCCACCCUGAAUGAAAGCCUGACUGUGGUCUGAAACACACUUUCUUCAGUUUACAGGCAUCUGUUCAGAGGAGAAAUGUUUAAUUAUUCCGUUUUAUCUUUGCUACACAGCUCUUCAGAGCAGAGGCUGUGGCCGCUGUGUUCGCAGGGACUGAGAGAUGGUUUACUGCAUAGUUCAGGUUUUUGAAGUGUGGUUGUGUGAGGUGCAGCAGGACUGUUAAAGCUCAAAUGUACAUGUUUGCUUUUCUAUCUUGAUGACAAAUCACUUCUUUUCACCAGUUUGUGUUGCUUUGUAAUUCGUUUGCUUCCCUGCACCAAAGUCCAUAGAGAAAAUCAG